AUGAGCCACAUGCAGCUGGGUCUUCUGGAAGUCUUCCAACUGGACUUUGUGCCAAAGGAUGUUUCAGAGCAGGCAGAGAGUCAGACGAUCUCCUGGCGUCUGGAGAUGCCAGGAAACCUCAAGGAUGUGGGCAUAAUGCGCAUCUACACAACUCAGAGAGACUAUGUGGGGCUGGCACCUCUGGUCAUGAAAACUGAUAUAUUGAAUACUGCUAAGCUGAUGGGUGUAACGGUGUCUGUACCUGUGAAAACUCUGGCAGUUGAGGCUGAUGGCUCCGUCACUGAUGUGACAAACUACACCAGAUGUAGGUCUACAGAGGAGGAUGUGCUCAAGGUGUCAGAGCGAUGUGAUUACGUUUAUGUAAAUGGAAAUGAAACACGAGGGAAGAGGAGGGUAGUGCUGGACUUCACCUACGGUUUCCUGAGUGCUCAGCUGGAGCUGAGUGUAUGGAUUCCCCGCCUGCCUUUGCUAAUCGAUGUGGCCGACCCCGAGCUCAGCCAGAUCAAAGGCUGGAGAGUCCCUGUUACUUCUGGCAACAGGAGGUCGACAUGGGACAGCGAGGAAGAAGAGGACGUGAGGAAGGGCAGGGGUUGCAUGCUGCAGUACCAGCACUCUAAGCUCACGGUGCUAACACCUUUUAUAGCCCAGGCUGACGCUGAGGCGCCGUCUGACCCGCUAACGGGGGCGGAGCCUGUGGAGUACUUCAUGGGUCCUGAUUGGCAGGUGGAUGUGACCAAUAUUGUGCGCUCAUUUCUAAAAGUGUCAGAUCCUGAAGUAGCCAGGGUGCAGGAUGGGGUGGUCGUCCAGGGACGGGCUGUGGGCACUACUACUGUUCAGGUGCUGUCCCCUCUGACCUGGUCCGUGCUGGCUGAGAGGAGCAUCAGUGUGGUGGACGAUAAAGUGAGUGUGACGGAGUUGGGGGUGCAGUUGGUUUCUGGACUCUCGCUGUCCCUGCAGCUCAGCCCAGGGAGCAAUGGGGCCAUCGUCGCCAUGGCAACCAAACGGGAGACGAUCACGCAGCUCGAACAGGAAGCAGUGGUUAGCUGUUGGGUUCAGUUCAGCGAUGGCGCAGUGACACCACUGGAGCUUUUUGACCGCAGUAUCUACUCGCUGACUGUCUCCACCCCAGAUGAGAAGGUUGCCACGGUGCGCCGAACCCAGCAGUCCACAUUCAUAGUAAUGCAAGGUGAAGGGAAAAGCCAGGGGGCGCUAGUGAGAGUGGAGCUGAGGAUCUGCGAGGAAUGCCAGAAGUCCAAAAGGAAGGGCAAGUUGGCGGUGGGCACCGGUCUACUCAGGAUCAACCUCCAGAGUAGCAGCAGAGUGUCAGGAGGAGAAGGUGGUGGCAAUGACAGAUUGACAGAUCUUGAUGGCGGUGCAUUAGAAUUGGUAGGUGAUCCCAAAACAACCAAGCGUGUGGUCGCCGACGUGGAUAACUGGUUAUACAGAAGCACACCCCCUGCCCAGAAAGAGACCACCACAGCAGAACCCACCACCUCAACCACAGUUUCAACAAGAGCUAUUGUGCGGCCUGCCUUUAGAGUUAGAAACACAACCAGAGCUACAAGAGGUACCACAACCACUGCUAUUCCCACAACAACGGCGACUACAAAUACCAGCACAAUGAGUUUCAAUACACUGCUGAGCACUGCCAUACCCCUAUAUACAACAGUGGGGUUAGUAAGUAAAGGUGAAGAGCAGAAAAGAAGCUUUGGAAACAUGAUUGACAACCCCAAUUCAACCCCCAACAAAGACAUCCGCAAAGCAGAAGUGACGCCAAAGAAGAAAACUCCGAAGGUUAUUGAGAGUGACCUCAUUAGGACAUUCAGAGCCUUGUCGCAGAUUGAAAUCGGCAUGUAUGCCUUGGUGGGUCUGGCCUGUGUAGCUAUUUUGGCCUUUUUGGUCAACUGUCUUUCGUAUAACCUUUGUUUCCGGAAUAAAAAGACCGCAAUGAAGGCAGCACCGGCACCCAUAGGGGACCCAAAGGAUCACAAGCACGACUGGGUGUGGCUGGGCAACGAUGGCCACCCCGCUCCAGGUAUCCAGGCUCAAGUGUCCACACUAAAACGCGAGGCUCACCGCUCUCUGGAGUCUCGUCACUCCGUAGAUUCCAUCGGCCCCCACAGCCCUGAGGUCGCCCUGCCCACAGUGAGCGGCCCCCCUGUCCCCGAAAGAACUGCCACUCUGGGCCGCAGCAGGAACACCUCCCAACAGCAGCAUUUUCCGGGAAUUGCAAUUGACCCCAUGGCGAACCGUUCUGCCACCUUGUUGGCCAGGCCACACCGAAGCGAGCCACUUCAUUCCCCCACCAGUAAGAGGAACCAGGUCCAGUUCACCACCUUCACAACGCUGGACGUCAAGCACUUGGCUGCACUGAAGAAGAAUGGGGUGGACUUGAACUGGGCUAACCAGCAGGCCCUACAGCUACAGCAGGCCCACGCUGAGCCACAGUCACCUCUACCUGACAUGCCGUGGCCUGUGGUCAAACCUAUAGGAGAGCCCAAGUGA